CUGGUCCAUACGUUAACCAUGAUAUCCAAAAUUCUAUGUACAGUGUACCAAAUGGAGAUAUUGUCGAUUUUCUUAUUUGAGAAAGGGAUUACUCUACGGACAUUGACGAAAUAUGAUGGACGCAUUAUUAAGGUUACAUAUUGGUGUUGAAGUAAAAGAUUUACGACGUUCGAUCUGUCUGACCGAGAGUACUGCAUGACCUCGGAACGUACAGGCAGGUUACAGAGAAGGACGUUUGGGGAGAGGAUUAUUUCCUGUGGUUAUAGGACAUCCGUAUCCGGUGUGGACAGUCAUGUUUGCCUUCGAUGGUCCCUUGAGCCUCCAGGACUCGCUGAACGGUUCCAUCCAAAUGAUGGAUGUGGAUACCGGCCAAUCAGAUUCGCCGUCCAAGUCUCCUUAUGAGACGUCAGCCAAUCAACGAACAGGCUCCCAUUCACCAGCUAAUGCUGUCUCCACCGACUCCGCCCACAUGAUGAACGGGGACCUCAACAUUGAUGAGCUUGCUAAUGUAAAGAACUUGAAAGAAUCUGAGCUCGGAACCCGGACAAAAGAAAUAGUCAAGGUCUUGGCAGGUCUUGACACGUACGAAAAUGGCCUCGGAAUGAAGCUUGUCAAAGCACUAGGCGACACAUAUUGGGGUUACCGACCUCACCGAAAGAAAAUCGGGGACGGAAUGGCAGAGGCGGGAUUUGGCGAGGUUGCUAUGAAGAUGCUCAAGACACUCAAUGCUAAAGGGAUAUUCAAAAACGACUCGAUAUGGUUCCCCGCCUACUACUCACUCAAUACACUGUGGAAUUUUACAGAUGCCAGUCUCCGCCUGGCUAAGGCUGUGGCUGAGGCGGACGGCGUACGUUUCUUCACAGCGAACUGUAGUCAUCAACCAUUCCUUACUAACCUCAAUAAUAAGAAUGUAUACUACAUCGUCAAGUCUUCCAUGAGUAUUAUACAUAACGUCGCCCGUAACCCUGAUGUCAUUCAUUUCUUCAAAGAGUGUAAAACAACAGAUGUGAUGCUGAAGUUCCUCAAGUCGUAUGAAGAGCAUGAAAUGCUAAAGAUUAUGGCGAUGUUAACGUUGGCGCAUAUCGUGGAAGAGGAGGAAAACGAUAAACUAAUGGACGAUACAGGAUCUAUAGAGGGGACUAUCAGCUACAUAGACAAGGCUAUAGAAUCAGACCGGCGGAGGUACCGGGGAUUCACACCUCAGGAACUAAUGGACGGACUCGGAAAACUGGCCGUCAACGACAACAACAAAAAGAAGAUUGUCGAGGCGGGCGCACUGCCUAUAUUUAUGAAGAUGUUAAAGAGCGAGUCGGUAGAAGAACAUGCAGUGACGGCGCGAGCACUCUGGACAUUAUCAUUCGACAAAGAUGUGUGUCAACAAAUCGUAGAGUACCCGGAUAUGAUGACGUCGAUAGAGAAACUCAGGGAAAGCAGUGAUAGUGACGUAAGAAAAAACGUCAACGGUGCUCUCUUUGUACUAAAGGGAGAAAAUGACGUAUCUAAACGGCCACGAUCAGGGAAGAAAAAUAAAGGGCAUGUGUUCAUCAGUUAUUCGUGGAAUGAAAAGGAUAUUGUACUCAAGAUAAGAGAAAGGCUCAAGGCUGAGGGUCUGGAUGUGUGGAUAGAUAUUGAGAGGAUGGGAGGAUCAACACUCACAGCUAUGGCCGACGCUGUGGAGAACGCAGCAGUUGUCCUUGUGUGUAUGUCCGAGAAGUACAAACAAAGCCCUAACUGUAGACUCGAGGCAGAAUACACGUUCCAGUUAAGGAAGGACUAUAUCCCGUUAAUGAUGCAGAUGAAAUACCGCCCAGAUGGUUGGUUAGGAGCUAUUCUUGGGGCAAAGCUCUACUUUGACUUUAGUGGAAAAUACCCCUUCGAGAAACCAUGGAACGGUCUCGUGAAGGAACUAAAAGGAAUGGGAAGACUUUCUUUGCCGUCUGCGACUCCUGGAAAAGAGAUGACAGAUGGUCCAAUCCUUGCCACCUCAGCGUCUACAGUGGCGUCCUCGCCCGGCAGUCUAUCUACCUCGUCACAAGCUUACAGGAUGACGUCAGAAGAAGUCAGUAACUGGCUAUGUCAGAUCAAACUUGACGGGUGCGUUCCGUCCUUGGCUCAGUUUGACGGGAAAUUACUGGUACAGCUACAGAGGAUGAAAUUAGAGGCGCCUGAGUUCUAUUAUGCAUCACUGGAAAAGAAAUUGAAUAUGAACCUAGUGGAGAUACUUACAUUUACAGAGGCGCUUGACAAGUUAUAAAACACACGUGACCGGAAACUAUCUCACGUGACAUGGGGAUUUUUGUCACGUUAUCAAGGACAAUCGUUGGGGCCUUGUGAUCCAUGGCGCGUGGAAUUGCUGGGACAAAUUUAUUCUUGCCCGGUGGCUUUUUAAAGCAUGAUUUAUCAAUGACCACCUCAAUAUAAGAUUUUGAGCAAAGAAGUAAAAAGUGGAAAUUUCAACAAAUACUGUAACAUUUUACCAUAUUGGUAGAUUUAAAUAUGUAUCUAUAUGUUUUGAUUAAGAGAGAUACCUAAUUAUAUAAUGUAACAGAAACAUCGGCAGGUUAUAUAGUGGUGUUUGAUUGUCUAGAGACUGGGCUGUGUGAGAGUAUGAUCAAAUUAAUAUGUUUAUCAUUGUAAAUAUAGUUAAUUAUCAUUGUAAAUAUAGUUAAUUAUCAAUGUCGUCAUUGUAUUAUAUUUACUUGGAAACAUACACUAUCAUAUCAGAAGGAGUAUGUUGUUGCCAUACUUUGAGAAUAUAUUUAAAAAUAGUGUUGUCAUAAAGACUUACGUAUGUUAUAUAUCAUCGUAUAGGUACAGGAUUUGUCUGUUUCAUAUACUGUAAAAGUGGAAAUAUUCGCGGUGUGGAAAUUUUUGCUUAUUUCGCUAUCAGUAAAUCUCCGCGAAAAUUUCCACACGCGAAUAAAUACUAA